CCGAUCCGUCUGCACACUCUUUUCGUCGAUACAUCCACUGCAUCCACGCUGUACGGUUACCCACCUCUUUCUCCGGCGAGUCUUCCAUGGACGUUUCAGACAUCUUGGCUGCGCAGGCAGCAAAGCAAAAAGCCGUCACUGUCGAGAAAGAAAUUCCACUCGAAGUCGACGCCGGGUUCCUCACUGUAACGGACUUGAACCCCAUUGACGCAGAGAGCUACAAUGAGGAUGUCGAGGACUAUCUCAAGGCGACUGCUCGCGAUGGCGUCCAAGCACUAGUCUCUGCCCUCUUCUCCCUCCCUACUACCUCUUCCCCUGACGGACCCCUCGCAAAACUACCGCCACCAACAACACAGCUCCCUCGCGCCAAGCCUCUUCCGAAGCCGAAGCCCCCAACGAAGUGGGAGCAGUUCGCAAAGGCGAAGGGGAUUCAAAAGAAGCGGAAGGAAAAGAAGGUGUGGGAUGAGGAGAAGCAGGAAUGGGUUGACCGCUGGGGAUGGAAGGGGUCAAACAAGAAGGAAGAGCAGCAAUGGAUUACUGAGGUCCCAGCAAACGCAGACGCAGACCAUGACCCUGUCAAAGCCGCACGCGACGCCCGCAAAACCAAGGUUGCCAAGAACGAGCGGCAACACAAGCAGAACGUCGCGCGCGCACAGGGUUCAAAUGCGAGCAGCGCUGCUCCGGCCAAUAGUGAGCGGAAGAAACAGAUUGACAGGACACUCGCAACUACGCGUGCAAGUACGGCGAGCAUGGGCAAGUUCGACAAGACGCUGGAGGGUGAGAAGAAGCUGAAGGGUGUCAAGCGGAAGUUUGACCCAACGGAAGUCUCUGCCUCGGCGGAAAAGUCGCAUAAUCUUGCCAUCUUACAAAAGCUUGAUCGCGAGCCAGCGAUGAAGAAGGCGAAGUCUUCUGGUGGGCACGACGUGCUGAACGUUCGCAAGGCCAUACGGUCUGCCAGCAAGGGCAAGGGCAGCGCAGCAUUAGCCAGAGAAGGCGGCGGCGGCAAGAUGAACAAAGGUAGAAGAUGAUGCUCAUGUACCUAUCAAUCCUCGCUCCGCUAUUCCAUCCGUGCCUUGCUCAGGGA